AUGAGAGAAGUCAUUAGUAUUAACGUCGGUCAAGCUGGUUGUCAGAUCGGUAAUGCCUGUUGGGAGCUUUACUCCCUGGAACACGGUAUCAGACCAGAUGGAUAUUUAGAAGAAGGUCUCAGCAAACCUAGAGGUGGCGAAGAAGGGUUUUCAACGUUUUUCAACGAGACCGGAUCUGGGAAAUUCGUGCCCCGCGCACUGUACGUGGAUCUUGAGCCAAAUGUUAUCGAUGAAGUGCGCACUGGUCCUUACAAAGAGUUGUUUCAUCCUGAACAGCUUAUAAGCGGUAAGGAAGACGCCGCAAACAACUAUGCUCGUGGUCACUACACUGUUGGCAGAGAAUUGCUGGACGAUAUCCUUGACAGAAUCCGGAAGAUUUCCGAUCAGUGUGACGGUCUCCAAGGGUUUUUGUUCACUCACUCGCUUGGUGGUGGUACAGGCUCUGGUUUGGGCUCUCUACUUUUGGAGCAGCUGUCCAUCGACUACGGUAAAAAAUCCAAAUUGGAGUUCGCGGUCUACCCUGCUCCUCAGGUUUCCACAUCUGUCGUGGAACCCUACAACACCGUGUUGACCACACAUACCACUUUGGAACAUGCAGACUGUACCUUUAUGGUGGACAAUGAGGCCAUCUACGACAUGUGCAAAAAGAACUUGGACAUCUCCAGACCCAGCUUGGCAAACUUGAACAAUUUGAUUGCACAAGUUGUGUCGUCUGUUACUGCUUCUUUGAGAUUCGACGGUUCGCUCAACGUUGAUUUGAAUGAAUUUCAAACCAACUUGGUUCCCUACCCAAGAAUCCAUUUCCCAUUGGUUUCAUACGCUCCAAUCUUGUCCAAGAGCAAAGCUCACCACGAAUCUAACGCCGUUUCUGAGAUCACCAAUGCUUGUUUUGAACCUGGUAACCAAAUGGUGAAGUGCGAUCCUAGAUCUGGCAAGUACAUGGCCACUUGCUUGCUAUAUAGGGGUGACGUGGUCACCAGGGACGUGCAGAACGCGGUUGCCCAGGUCAAGAAUAAGAGGACGGUUCAACUUGUAGACUGGUGUCCAACGGGAUUCAAGAUCGGUAUCUGCUACGAGCCACCUACCGCUACUCCUCAAUCACAGCUCUCUUCCGUCAACAGAGCCGUGUGUAUGCUUUCUAACACCACGGCCAUCGCCGAUGCCUGGAAAAGAAUUGACAGAAAAUUCGAUCUCAUGUACUCCAAGAGAGCUUUCGUGCACUGGUACGUUGGUGAAGGUAUGGAAGAAGGAGAAUUCACAGAAGCCAGAGAGGAUUUGGCUGCUCUUGAGAGAGAUUACAUCGAGGUUGGUGCUGACUCUUACGCUGACGAAGAAGAGUUUUGA